CUUCAUAAUUUGCAAAACUCUUCGUACUCGUGCACUUUACAAAUCGUCAAGACAGUGCCGAUUUUAUUCUAUUUUGUUUAUUGAUAUACAUUUUACAGGAAGGUUUCAGAGGACGUACAAAAUGUUUGGCAUUGUGAGAACACACUUAUCACAUUUAAGAGUAGUUCAGCGGUCAUGGGAGCCAAUUAGUGCUACAGGAUCCCUCCAAAUACAGCAAGUCAGAUGGAGAAAACGAAGAACAGAUCCGAAGGCCAAAUCCAAAAUAGGAAAGGUUCGGGAACCCACUCCUUGGGAUCCAUGGGAACGUGCUUUCUUGGUAGAGAAAAUCCCUCAUUAUAACUCCACUAUGAAUGCUGUCAGACGUUUAUUCAAUGCGGAACUUGAGAGGAAAAAGGAUGAAACAGCAGAAGGUCUGUCCAGUGUUGAGCAAGAACGGGAAGAGGAGGAAGAAUUCAGGCAACUACUGAAGUGGAAUGAACAAGAAAAUGCAAAGAUAAAUGCAAGAAGGAAAGAGAAACUUGCUGCCAAGGCUAAAGAGAAUGAAGAAGAGAAUCUGCAGAGGUUGCUAAGGAAGGAAGAGCAGGAGGCAGAAGAAACAGAGAGAAUGAGACAGCUUGUCUUGCAGGAACAGGAGGCCAGCAAGACUUUCAUCACCAUGGAAAGCAUGGAAGCUGCCAUCAACGAGGCUUUGGACAACCCCAAGAAUUAUAACUUCCUCAUGAAGAAGAGCGGAGAACCCAUCCUGCCGGAGGACACUGCUUGGGAAGGUUUCAAACAGAGGACAGUAAAAGCCAAGGAUGAAGAGUUAGUGGAGGGAGAUGGAGAUCACAUAAAAUCAGCAGAGAAUUGAUCUCUGAUCAUGUGAUGAUAUCAUAUCAUCAGGUAGUAUGUGUAUCAUGUUCUUGGAUUAGACUUUUUGAAGAUGUCAAGGAACGACAGUGCUCACCAAAUUUAUUGACUUUAAGAUCAAUUUAUCCUUUUUCAUCCCAUUAUUGAUCUGCCAAGUACGUUCAGCAUUGAUCGUGAAGGAAGUCUAUUGAAAGAGGUGCUGAUUUGUUAUCUGUUUUAUGCAGUGUGUGUUUGGAUAUUUCUAUCUUGUUAAAAUGUAAGUUUCUCUUGAAAGUAAUGAGUGAUUGUGCAAAGAAUAGUUUUGGGAGAAAACCUAUAUGGAAAAUGGUUUGUAAAUCACAGGUGACAUGCAACUUCUUUAAUGGAGACCAGAAAUGUGGAUUUUUAUAGGAAAGCAAUAAAGAAAGAAGUUGAAUAUUCAGUUCUAAGAUAAAAACAUAUGUAAUUUUGUGUAAAUUAAUACCAGAGGUACAUGUGCAUGUAAUUUGUAUUGCCAGUAUUCAAACAUUAUAUGCUGCUGUUGCACUGGAGUGAUUUCAAACAACAUAUAAUAGGGAAGGCAAUACCAGAUGUCAUCUGUUGAGAGUUGGAAGGGCGUUACUACGUUAUUUGAUAUGAGUUAAUGAACUUCUGGUUUUCAGCAGAUGACACGAGAUAUUUUAUCUGGAUAGGACUCCACGAUAUUUGUUACGAGUGUGCUUUUGUCUGAAGCUAGUUACUACAGGUCCAUGUGUGGUGCUCUGACAUGUGCUUUUGUCUGAAGCUAGUUACUACAGGUCCAUGUGUGGUGCUCUGACAUGUGCUUUUGUCUGAAGCUAGUUACUACAGGUCCAUGUGUGGUGCUCUGACAUUUGUCACAGGCUUUAUUUUGUCAAAUGUACAGCUAUUUGGUUAGGGUUAGGGUUGCAAUUGGGUUUUAGGUUAUUGUACAGUGUUGGGUCUAUUGGCUAGUCCUUGGCCUUCUUUAUCAUGAACACCCAUUUAUACUGAUAAAUAACACACACAAAAUCUUCAAGGACACCUAUUCUGAGUAUUUUACCAUCAAAAUAUUUUAUUUCAGAAUCAAUCACAAGGCACAUUGUAGUGCAUAUAUACAUUUCUUAAGCUGCAAGUAAAUAUAACAUGAACUUUUGAUUAACCUUCUAACCUAAAGGCACUAACUACAAAUGAUAGGCCAAUACAUGGGAGGGGGUGGGGAUUGAAAACUACUGACCUAGGAAAAUGUCAUACAUAUAUUAGUAACUUUCUUUACACUUCCAACUUAAACAGCUGAGGGAACGUACUGUAUUUUUCAGCAGAUUCCUUUUUCCUGUUAAAAGACAACAUAGAUUACGAAUGUACAUGAGUUGACUCGUGAGGGUUAUAUGUGAAUUUCCUCUAAACUCUAAGAGGAGAUGUCUAUCAAUAAAAAAAAAACUUUUACAAAUACAGUAAUUCCUGAAUGAUGUGAUUAAUUUAGUGUGGCACAAAAAAUAGUCCUAAAUAAAUUAUGGACAUUUUUGCCAAGGUGAGCUGUUUAGGGUAAUUUGUAUUGUUUGCUUAUAUAACAGUGAACUAACAUUGUACGUUUUGAUCUGCUCAUAAUUAAAUGAGGCAAAUACAGCAAAUCUAUGGAUAAAUUG